UUGACGUCGUGUUGAUUUUGAGCGGAGAAAUAAUAUAUUUAUAAACUGACGUAAGGGCGCUAAAUCUAAAAUAAACCGUGAAUAAAAUGUGAAAAAUCAUGAUUUUUUUUCCUUGGUGAAGCAGCUGCACGCAUGAAAGGAUUAUGGCACCCCGCUUGCAGCUGGAGAAAGCGGCGUGGCGUUGGGUGGAAACGGUGAAACCAGAAGAAAUCGGUCAGGAGCAUAUCGAGUUAGCAUAUCGAGUCAACCUCCCGGCCUGCAAGAGAGGAGCCUGCAGGAGGAACUGUAAAGGGAAUCCCAACUGUCUUGUGGGUAUUGGUGAACAGGCGUGGCUUGGAGAGAUUGAUGAAAAUGCCUUCCACAAUAUCGAUGAUCCAAAUUCAGAGCGUCGAGACAAGAACACAUUUGUUGGUCUGACCAACCUGGGUGCUACAUGUUACGUCAACACAUUCCUGCAGGUGUGGUUUCACAAUUUGGAGCUGCGAAGGAGCCUCUAUCAGUGCCAAAACUCCAGAGCCCAGGAACACAACUCUGAAUCUGACUACGAGCCUCAGUCCAUCUGUGAGCAUCUUCAGUAUCUGUUUGCUCUCCUGCAGAACAGCAACAGAAAGUACAUCGAUCCUUCAGGGCUCGUCAAAGCGUUAGGCCUGGACACUGGACAGCAGCAGGAUGCCCAGGAGUUUUCAAAGCUUUUCAUGUCUCUGCUGGAGGACACGCUGUCCAAGCAAAAGAGUCCGAGCCUGCAGAACGUCAUCCAGCAGCAGUUCUGUGGACAGUUCUCCUACGUCACUGUAUGUAACCAGUGUGGACGAUCAUCUGCUUUGCUUUCCCGAUUCUACGAGCUGGAGCUGAACAUCCAGGGUCACAAGAACCUCAAUGAGUGUGUCACAGAAUUCCUGAAGGAAGAGAAACUAGACGGGGAGAACCGGUACUUCUGUGAGAGCUGUCAGAGUAAACAGAGCGCCACCCGAAGGAUCAGACUGCAUAACCUCCCUCCAACACUCAACCUGCAGCUCAUGCGCUUUGUCUUUGACAGACAAACAGGACACAAGAAGAAGCUCAACACCUUUAUCAGUUUUCCUGAACAGCUGGAUAUGGCGCCUUUUAUGGAGGGAAAACAAGACCAGAAGUAUCUUUAUGAGCUGAGUGCGGUGCUGAUUCAUCGGGGCAUCAGCGCUUACUCAGGCCACUACAUCGCUCAUGUGAAGGAUGCACGCACCGGUGACUGGUACAAAUUUAAUGAUGAGGAAAUCGAGAAGAUGGAGGGAAAAAAGCUGCAGCUUGGUAUUGAGGAGGACAUUGCUGAGGCAGUAAAAUCCCAAACAAGAAAGCCAAAGUGUAGUAAAGGUUAUCACUGCUCCAGAAAUGCCUACAUGCUGGUGUAUAAAGUCCAAGAAGAGGAGAGCUCAGAUCCGCCGAGGACCAACGUUGAAGUGCCAGCCUUUCUGCAGAGGUUGGUGGACCAAGACAACCGUAAAUUUGAGGAGUGGUGCAGUGAGAUGGCCGACAUGAGAAAACAGAGUGUCGAUAAAGGCAAAGCUAAACACGAGGAGGUGAAGGAGCUGUACGAGCUUUUACCUGCAAGAGCAGGUGAGCCUUACGAAUUUAUCCCCCUCGACUGGUUGAAGAAGUGGCUGGACGACUCCACUGCAACAAAAGAGAUCGACAACACCAUCUUCCUGUGUUCUCACGGCAAGCUGCAUCCAGACAAGGUGGGAGACGCUAAGAGAGUUUCCCUACAAGCUGCUCAGCUCCUUUUCGAUCGCUACGGUGGAGCGCCGAGGCUGGACGCCUCUUCGCUGUGUAGAGAGUGUGUCAGUCAGCGGUGCAGAGUGCUACGGCUAAAGAAUCAGCUCAAUGAAGACUUCAAGGAAGUCUCCAAUUUGGUCAAACGCACAUUCAGUGAUGAUGGAUACUGGGUGGGUAAAGCGUCUUUGCGUAGCUGGAGGCAGUUGGCGUUGGAUCAGCUGGAGGAGGAUGAGCAGGAAACUAAACACAGUAACAGACAGACCAACGGACAGGGACCACACACCAAUAACAACAAAGAGUUCAGUCAAGAGCAAUCAGAGGGCAACGAGGAGGAAAUGAAGACAUUCAAUGAAGACAUUGUCUGCAGUCACGGUGGGUUGAGUAUUCUGGAGACUGAACGUAAACUGGUUUCAUCUGAAGUUUGGGCUAAACUGAGAGAGUACUUCCCCAAAGCUCCAGAAUUCACUAAGAGCCAGGAGCCCUGUCAGCAGUGCGUUACAUUAGAGCAGGAGGAAAAAGACAAUGAGGCGGUCAGCAAGAUGAUGGCACUGGACCAGAAGAACCAGCUUCUCAAUCUCUUCCAUGAGAAGAACCGGCCGGUACUCACCAAGUGGCCUCAGGGCACUGAUGUACUUUACAUAGUUCCUCUGUUCUUUGUGGACGAGUGGAGAAAAUUCAUCAGGAGACCAACUAAAUGCUCUCCAGUGUCAAAUGUAGGAAACACUCUUCUUCUCUGUCCACAUGGAGGCUUCAUGUUCACCUACGACUCCCUGAUCAAUGGAGAUGCACAACAUAUAGCUCUGCUCUGGCCGGCUGAAUGGGAAGUGAUCAGCCGGCUCUUCAUUGUGGACCAGCCGAUCUCAAUUCACUGCUUUAACCAGACCACACCCAAUGGGCCCUCCACUCAGUACACGACUCAGCCUGAACUGUGUUGGGAGUGCAGAGAGAGCUUCCUCUUCCAGCAGCAGAGAGACCUCAGAGAGUACACCCAGGCGACCAUCUACAUUCGCAAAGUCAUUGAAGACAAGAGGAUGAUAAAGGAGGCAGCUCCGGAGUUGAAUGCCAGCAGCUCUGAGGCAGAGGAGGAGAGGGAAGAACAUCUAAAGACAGAUGGAGACAGAGACCCAGACUUCAGCCAGUCUGAAGAUGGUACAAAACGACUAAAGAUGGGUGACGGUUCUGCGGCAUCAGUUGCUACUAAUCCAACGUCCAGUGUGACCAAAUUGGGAGGAAUCAGGAGAAGCACCAGGCACAGGAAACUCAGAGGAGAGAAGGCUCUGAUUGUUUCAGCCAAUCAGACGCUUAAAGAGCUGAAAAUACAGGAAAACACUGCACGCACGGGCCACCGUCUUCAGAGCAACAAAGAAGAACCCACUGCAGCAGAAAAGAUUAGUGGCUGCGUGACAGUUUUUUCUCUAAAUGUGAUCAUUAUAAUGCUUUCCGGACCGGCACUGUCAUACAUGACAAAAAGUGACACAGUUCAUCAAAAGUUAAAUAACUUUUGAACCAUACAUCGCUGCCUCUUACAUGUUUUUCGUCUUGAAGCUAGCUAUUGUGUCGUCCCAUUGAUGCUAUUGAUGCCCUUGAAUCCCUUGUUGCAGCAUUUUCAGUGAGCCUGGAGCUCGUGUGGCUUUUGGGGACUUUAAUGGUUAAAUUUACACCAGUAAACCCAAUAUUGAACGUCUUUUUAUCCACUUUAAAUGGAUUACGAUCAUUUAUUACCGCUAGCCCGAAUGCUAGCUGCCAUAUUUCUUUGGGUCUGUCAGCCAGUUGCAGGCUGUUCCGUAAUCACGUCAUGAUGCCUGAAUAGAGCAUAAUGGAGAGAGAGAUAGAGAGAGCCUGUGAUGCAGCCCCUGUAUUGUUAUUAUGAUUUUUAGCAGUAAGACUCAAUAAUCAGCAGCAAAAACAACUUUAGGUCACAGAGAUGUUGUUCAUUAUGAUUCUAUUCUUUCAUACCAUCAGCAAUAAGACUAUAUAAUUCUACCAUAAACAGAUGAGACUCCAGACAAAUGAAUUUCCCUUCGGGGAUAAAUAAAGUUAUUGUAUUUUAUUGUAUUCUAUUUGUUGAGCCAUGCUCUGAGUCAAAUAUUGGUCUAAAAUAAUUUGCUAGUCGUCACAGUCAGUCCAGAAAGUUCACACUGGUAUUGGAUCAGUACUCAGUAUCAGCCAAUAACCAACACUUUGGUAUCGGUAUCGUAUUGGGAAGGAAAAAAUGGUAUUGGAACAUCCUCACUAUUAACAAUAUUUCAUGUGUUUGUAUCAGUCUUUUAUCGGUAUUUUCUGUUCCAGUACUGUAUUCAGGUUCAAAAUUAAAACAAUUAAAUUACUCAAAUUUAGAUGCCUAAGAGUUAGAUCUUUCCUUCCCAUGACAUAAAAACAGUUAUGGAUAUUGUUGAAAUUUUACUAGAAUUGCUUACAGUCUAAAAAUUUUGCUGUCAUGACAGCCCUAUCUUAACUUACACUGUAAAAAAUACUGAGAGAAACAUAUUGAUUAGUUAUCUUGAUUUUUUUUUUCUUUUUUUCUUUCUAAUUAUUCUUAGGUUAUCCUCUAAUGG